CCAACAGCAAUAGCUUUCCAGAGCUUAAAGAAAAGUUUUGUUCCAAUUUUCCUAAUCGUUGAAUGUUCGUUCUCAGUGCAGGACAACAGGCAACUAACUGGAAGUGAUUGAAACUGAAUUCGUGAAUAUUUUGACAGUAACGUCGAAGAUGAACAUCUUCAUGCACAGGUGCCCGUUUCUGUUGCGAGUUCCUCCUGUCUUCCUCCAGAAAGCAGGCCAAUCUCUGUUCAUCUAUGCUCAACGCUGUCCCGUGAUGUUUCGCCCACUGUCUACAAGUGCCCACAUAAAGUGGCUAAAAAAGAAGGAACCAUCUGAUCAGGGAACACUGAUUGCAUCAGGGUUUUCCCGUACAAAGGCAGUGGUUCAGUACUCCAAUCAGGCUGCUGCACCCAAUGAUGCCAGCUUCAGUGCUAACUGUCCUUUCGUGGAAUGGGAGAUCAAAAAGGAUAUCAACAUGGUCAUUCGCAAAGCAAGCCUGGCAGUACAAGAGGAUGUGACAGAGACCCCCAAGAGCGCGUCAAUUCUUGGUUGGAUUUCUGGUCCAUUUAAGAGGCUUCAAGACUCUUUACCUUCACUUCCCAAUUUUGCUGUUACCCAUCUUAUCCGCGACAACAUAACCAAGGAUCUGCCCGUCUUUAACUAUGAUGAAUUCUUUGCGCAGAAGAUUGAAGAAAAGAAAAAUGACCAUACCUACCGCGUGUUCAAAACUGUGAAUAGAAAGGCAGAGGAAUAUCCAUUAGCGGAGUACCAUGAGCCGCUGGCUGAGAAGAAGAAUGUUUCGGUGUGGUGCAGCAAUGACUAUCUAGGGAUGGGCAGUCACUCACGUGUCCUGAAAGCCAUUAUGGAGACAGCACAGGAGUACGGUGCAGGAGCUGGGGGAACUCGGAACAUUUCUGGAACUAGCAAAUUCCACGUGGACCUAGAAUUGGAGCUAGCCAACCUCCACCAAAAGGAUGCCGCACUUCUAUUCACAUCUUGUUACGUGGCCAAUGACUCAACUCUCUUCACCCUGGCCAAACUGCUCCCAGGCUGUGAAAUCUACUCAGAUGCUGGGAACCACGCUUCUAUGAUCCAAGGGAUCAGGAACAGUGGCGUUCCGAAGUUUGUUUUCCGGCACAAUGAUGUUGAACAUCUAGAGCAGCUCCUGAAGAGGUCAGACCCAAAGACUCCCAAGAUCGUUGCAUUUGAAACUGUACAUUCAAUGGAUGGUGGCAUCUGUCCUUUGGAAGAGUUGUGCGAUGUCACUCACAAAUAUGGAGGCAUCACCUUUGUUGAUGAGGUACAUGCUGUUGGUCUGUAUGGAACUCAUGGAGCUGGCAUUGGUGAGCGGGAUGGCAUCAUGCACAAAAUAGACAUCGUAUCAGGAACACUUGGUAAAGCCUUUGGCUGCGUGGGUGGCUACAUCGCCAGCACAGCUUCACUCAUCGAUACAAUAAGAUCCUAUGCCGCAGGCUUCAUUUUCACCACAGCACUGCCACCGAUGGUGCUGGCAGGUGCCCUGGAGUCUGUGCGUAUCUUAAAGACUGAGGAAGGUCAGGCACUGCGUCGGUCUCAUCAGCGCAAUGUCAAGUACAUGCGCCAGUUGCUGAUGGACGCAGGUCUGCCAGUCAUCAACUGUCCUAGUCACAUCAUCCCCAUACAAGUGUGUGAUGCUGCAAAGAACACUGAGAUCUGCAACAUAAUGAUGCGUCGACAUGAUAUCUAUCUGCAGGCCAUUAACUACCCGACUGUUCCCCGGGGACAGGAGCUCCUACGACUUGCUCCAUCCCCACAUCAUGAACCCUGGAUGAUGGAUCACUUUGUGGAUUGUCUGGUUGACGUUUGGAAGGAGAUGGGACUCCCUAUCCAGUCAAUGUCCUCGGCAACCUGCAGCUACUGCCAACGCCCCCUACAUUUUGAGUUGAUGAGUGAAUGGGAGCGCUGUUACUUCGGCAGGAUGGAGGGGCAGUAUGUCACUGUAUGUGCCUGAAGCAACCGCUCUGGAGUUCAAUUCAGUAAACUAUUCUGACAUAAUUACAUUACAUAAUAGGAUAAGUAACCAUCUAUACACAUCAAUGAUGUUCUCAUAAAACCCUCAAUAUAACAUUGUUUGACAAACCUUAGAUCCUCUCUGUAACACUCUAUUACAACCCACACCUGUCACUGUAACAGACUGAUAUACCCCGCAGCCCUCACUAUAACACAGUGAUAUACCUCACACCCCUCACUGUAACACAGUGAUAUACACACUCCUCACUGUAACACACUGAUAAGUCCCACACCCCUCAUUGUAACACACUGUUACACUCCACACCCCUCACUGUAAUACACUGAUAUGUCCCACACUUCUCAUUGUAACACUGAUAUACCCACACCCCUCAUUGUAACACACUGAUAUACCCCACACCCCUCACUGUAACACAGUGAUAUACCCCACACCCCUCAAUGUAACACACUGAUACACCCCACACCCCUCACUGUAACACACUGAUAUACCCCACACCCCUCAAUGUAAUACACUGAUAUGUCCCAUACCCCUCACUGUAAUACACUGAUUUACCCCUCACCGUGAUACACUGAUAUGUCCCACACUUCUCAUUGUAACACACUGAUAUACCCCUCACCCCUCAUUGUAACACACUGAUAUACCCCACACCCCUCACUGUAACACAGUGAUAUACCCCACACCCCUCAAUUUAACACACUGAUAUACCCCACACCCCUCAAUGUAAUACACUGAUAUGUCCCAUACCCCUCACUGUAAUACACUGAUUUACCCCUCACCGUGAUACACUGAUAUGUCACACACCCCUCAUUGUAACAUACUGAUAUGUUUCACACCCUCAUUGUAACUCUGUGCUAUACUCAAUACCCUUCAUAGUAACAAUCUAAUAUAUUCCACACUGUUCGUUCUACGCCUCUGACAACACAGCAUUGUUAUGAUUCAGGGGGCCAUUCCCAUCAUGCCUGCAGCAUAUCUUUGAAUGAGUAUUAUUACCUAGUGCCAAUAUCCUGCUUUUGUUGCGUACUUUUACACACUAGUUCCAUCCAAAUAAUUAUCCAAUGCCUUCUUGAAUGCCUCAAUUGAACCUGCCUUCACCACAUUUACAGAUCCUGACUGAUAUACCCUAUUACCUUCACUGUAACAUUGAUACACGUCACAUUCCUCAUUGUAACUCUGAUUUAUCCCACACCUUCACUAUUAAACAAAUAUAUCCUAUGCCCCUCACAUUAACACUCUGAUAUAACCUACAAUCCACAACCGAAUGAUCUGCUAUCGGCUUUACUGAAAUUCCAAAUCUCUCUCACUGAUCUACUCCAGAUUGUUCACUAUAAUAGCAAGUUUAUAAAGGAGAAUAUUUUAUGCAAA